UCCACACGUUCCGCCCCCCGCGGAGCAGAGCAUCCCGGGCCUGGAGCUUCCCGGGGCUUGGGGCACCCCGGGCCGCACUCUGCGUGGGCGACGAUGAGGGUCUGGAGCUCGGAGCAUGUGUUCGGCCACCCGUGGGACACAGUCAUCAAGGCUGCCAUGAGGAAGUACCCGAAUCCCAUGAACCCCAGCGUCGUGGGCGUCGACGUGCUGGAGCGCAGUGUGGACAGCCGGGGCCGGCUUCACAGCCACCGCCUCCUCAGCACUGAGUGGGGGCUGCCCGGCCUUGUGAGAGCGAUUUUGGGAACCAGUAGUACUUUGACAUACAUCAGAGAACAUUCUAUUGUGGAUCCAGUGGGAAAGAAAAUGGAGCUCUGUUCCACCAAUGUAAGCAAUGGCCACGAUGAUCACACUCACAAACUGGGUGUCAGUGAGCGAGAGGCUGGUGUACACACCCCACCCGGAGGACCCAGGAAGGACCGUGCUCACCCAAGAAGCCGUCAUCACUGUGAAGGGGAUCAACCUCGGCAGCUAUCUGGAAAGUUUGAUGGCCAACGUGAUAUCGUCCAAUGCAAAGAAGCCUCCCUGCUGCAGGAGCUACACUGCUGAGGUUUACCUGUGCAGAAUCUUGCUGUUCCUUCUCUUUCUUCCAAGUGAUUUCCUGCAGCUUUUAUACCAUGUUUGCUUAGGAAUUUGAUAUUCAGGUUAGCUCUCCAGAAAUCCUCAAUUUCUCUUUGGCAUUUCCACUCUCCCCAACACUGUUGCUCCCGGAAAAGUUUGGGGUGUGACAUUUUCUGCUGUGUUACCUUAGGGAAAGGAGCUGGGGGAGGUAGGCCAGGGACCAACAGAUGAUUCCUGCAGUUACAUGGGAACAUCAAAGCAAAGAAUUACACAGAAGGGCAAACUUCUAGUGAGGCUGCCCCUUCUUUCUAGCCACUCCUGAAGGAAGGAAGUUCCUCCUUUUCUUUAAUUCAUAGACAGUCACGUUCGUUGGAGCUGCUGUGAGAGCACUCACUCCUAGUACAGGAGCCAGCGUCUGGCCCCCUGGGUGAGUGGAACAUCCAGGUGAUCUCUCAGCUUUUAAGCCCCAGGGACAUAAGUGAACUUUAAUUAAUGCCCCAGUUUUCAAGAGCCCACUUUUUAGAGAACUGUGUCCUGUCAGUUCUGAAGCCCUUUUACUUCCACUACUUCGAUGGUAAGGAAGUGGCUCAGAUUUUGCCACCAGCAUCACAAUCCAACAGCAGAAACAGAGCUGUACAAUGUUCCACACAGUAAAAUCUAUUCUAAAUAGAUAAAUAUAUAUACAUCAUACACAUUUUAAUGGAACGAGCCAGAACAGCAUUGUGAAUUCAGUCUGCCGGGUAACUGCACCUGAACAUUUAAUUAGCGCAAGCAGAAUUUUAUAUUAAGUAGAUUCUUAGCUCUUAAAUUUUUUUGGAUGAGCAAAGGGAGAUGUUUCUAGACGUGGGCCUUAGGCUGACAUGCAGGAAGAAGGCGCAUUCUGAUGAAUGUAUGUGUACGUGUGUGUGUAACUGGAGUCUUGAAACACAUCAUAUGUGCAAUCAAGCCCUUACCUAGAAGAGUUCUCCUUAUGAAAUUCUAGACUCUGAUGAUUUGCAACUAUACAACUUCUCAACAGGAGCUGAGAAGGAAAAAGAAAGAUGCAGUUAAAUAAGGGUUACCCAGAGUUUCCCUUCCUGGUACGCGACCUCUCUGUGUCUCUGGAAUCCAGGAGGCACAAGGCAAGGGCUGUGACCCGGAUUCAGAAAGUCAGUGAACAUUAGAAUUGUGAGCUGACAUCUUGUUACACAUGUCACAGAGAAACUUCAGCGGAAGAAGAGCCUAAAAUAUAUCUGGCAAAUAAGUAAUGAAUUAAUAUCACAGUCAAUAUCACGUAAUGUUUAAGAUAUGUAAAGGGCUAAUGAUGCUCUAUAUUUAGUUAACAUAAAGACAAAAGAACUUUCCUAAAUUCAUUCUGGGUUUAAUCUUCCUAAUUUUUUCUCGACUGUUUAAGAGCUACAGCAAGAAAUUUUCUUCAUUGGACAUUUUAAGAAUAUAUACCUUGAGGAAUUCGAUUUAGGAAAAAAAAUAAAAGCUUUAUCUUUCUAUAUAUAAUUUGUCUCCAUAGAUGUGACUUCUUAUAUAAUAAUUGUUAUAUAUACUAUUUAUAGAUUUUAGUUUCCUACCCUGCUGAGCUGAAAAAGGAGGUAGGCUGCUCAGUGACACAGAAGAGUUACAGUGACUGCUCAUUUUCAUUUAUUUUUCCAGUGUGGUUGUAGAUUGUAUUUCUCAAGCUGAUCGUAAACUGCUGAUGUCAUAUAAAUAUAUCUUGUCUUCCCA